CCCCCUCGCUCUCUCAUCUGAAUGUCACGUUCCGAAACUACAUUUCCCAGCAGCCCUGAGAGCGUCUUCCGUAAACAGACUUUGCAGUGAAUGGGCUGCUCCCUGACGUGACUUGCAGCAUCUUGUCUCCGGAGCGGCUUCGUCUUUCCCGCAGGCCUUGUGUGUAGUAUGAGGAGCCGGACACAGCACUGAGGGGACGUGUGCUCAGGCCUGGGGCUCCUUACGGCAGGAUCAUGCCUUUUGAACAUGAUAAAUCGCAGCCUGCAGAAGAAUCAUCAGAAGAACCAAGCACAGCUGGAACCAGCAACAGUGUAGAUGUCUCGGAGGAGUCAUUGCGGAAGAGAAUCCGGCAGGGUACCCCAAGUCCACACAGAGGGAACACUCCACAGGCCAGCCCGCCUCGCUUUGUGUCAGUGGACGAACUCAUGGAUGCAGCUAAAGGGGUCACCAACAUGGCUUUGGCCCAUGAGAUUGUGAUCGAUAGAGAUUUUAAGAUCAAACCUAUGGAGUUGCCUCAGGGAAGCCUAGAAAGAACAGUACGGGACAUUGUACAUAAAGCAUUCUGGGAUUGUCUGGAAACUCAGUUUAGCGAAGACCCACCAGUUUAUGAUCAUGCCAUUAUACUACUGGGAGAAAUUAAAGAGGCCCUCCUGUCUUUCCUGUUACCUGGUCAUACACGGCUAAAGGAUCAGAUCAAUGAAGUCUUGGACUUGGAGCUCAUCAAACAGGAAGCAGAAAAUGGAGCCCUGGACAUCUCUAAACUAGCUAACUUUACCAUAGGAAUGAUGGGAACCCUGUGUGCACCAGCCAGAGAUAAAGAGGUCAGGAAUCUACGGGAUAUUAAGGAGCCAGUACCCUUGUUCAGAGCAAUCUUCGCUGUCUUGGAUCUAAUGAAACUAGAUAUGGCCAACUUUGCCAUCAGCAGCAUUCGUCCUCAGUUAAUGCAGCAGUCUGUGGAGUAUGAGAGAAAGAAAUUCCAAGACUUAAGUGAAAAGCAACCAAACUCUUUAGAAUUGGCCACAAAUUGGCUUCAGGAAUCUGCUAAUGAUUUUUUGGCUAAGGACUCUGCUGCAGCUUCUUCCAGCUCUCUGUCUCCCAGCUCUGUAUUAAACUAUGCCUACAUCAGACUUCUCACAUGGGACCAUGAACAUAAACUAUUUCCAGAGACUCUGGUAAUGGACCAGAUACGCUUUCAAGAGAUGAAGCUGGAAGUGUCGCAGCUCACAUUACUAGGCACUUUACUCCUGAUAAUACAGAAUUCAGCUUCCCCUGGCAUCACCAGUCACACUGCUUUUAUGGACAGAAUGAAGAGUCUUCUUAAACUAUUGUUGGAGGGGGUGGGAACCCUGUCCGUCAAUACAGAGGAGGCUCUGGCCACAGUGGCUGAGAAGGUCUGCGUAGAACUGAGCAGCUACCUCAGUCAGCAUGGAGCAACCCCUUUCUCCAUGGAGAGAGAGGAAUCUCUUAAAGGACAGAUCCAGACAGCGUCUUCUCCAUCCAACCAGAUUUACAGAUUAAUAGAGUCCAGGAUACAGACAUUUCUAUUGAGCUACCUGUCUGCAGCUAACCAGAGAUCCAUCCCUGUGCUACCUGGUGGGCUCAGCCAAAUCCAGAAAGAACUGGAAGAGAUGGCUGUGAAGUUUGUACGUCUGGUCAACUACAACAAAAUGGUGUUUAGUCCAUACUAUGAGUCUAUCCUGAGCAGUAUACUAAACAAACAAGUGCAGCCUUGAAUGUACAAGCCUUCUAUUGAUUGGGAUGACCAGGCACAAAUGCUGUCCCCUUGGCUCUCCAUUAAAUUGCUUUUAAUGUACAGGAUGCAGUGUUCUGUGACUGCUGACACAUUCAUUUCUCCCACAACACUGGGAACAUUGCAGAUAGCAAACCUAAACUGUAUGUCUCGCUCUCCCAGUGUUACAUCAAAUCACUGGCAGCCAUGUCUAGAACACGGUAUAUGAAGACUUCACUGCCCCAGGGGAUACAGAGAUAUUGUAAAUCCUGAUAUAUUGGCAGUAUGCUUUGUCUACAGAUCAUAUACAGAUUCCAGAUCACUGUCAUUUUGUUUUCCAUGAUUCUGGUAUUUUUGCAUGAUCCUGGAAGCUUUUACGUGCUGGUUGUUAUGUUAUCGUCCCCAUAGCAACCAUUUUAGAUGGUAUAAUAAAUACAAAUAUAGUUCACUUUUAAAUGUCUUGCUGAAAAUUUGAUAAUCCUUAAGAAUAAUAAAGCCUCUGUUACUUUGGCAGUUCCAUCAGACUUGGCGGUAAGACUAGAGCAGCAUGCAUUGCUUCCUGUCAGUACAACAGAUGCCAUGAUGGAAGCCAAAGGACUCCUUUUAAGUCAUUAGAGACUGUAUGAUGGAUGUUUCUGGAUUCUGUUAUUACAUAAACCAUGUGAACAGAGCCUUACUUUUAUGGAGGUUUUCCAGAAAAAAAAAGUGUUCAGUGAACAUACAUUUUAGGGUACCUUGAAUGUAAAGAUAAUACUUUUCAAAUCUGCUAGAGCACUUGUUUUUGUUAAGUCAUUUAGGUCUUCCUUCUGCCCCCGCCCCCCCCCCCCCCACCAACUUCAGACAUGGUUUUAAAUUGAAGCUUACAUAAAAAAAACUUUGCAAUAUUCUUAUUCUUUGCAUGCAGUUUCUCAUGGUCUAUUCACACGUACAGUAUUCUGUGCAGAUUUGAUGCGCAGGAUUUUCUGCUGCAGAUUUCAAUGUAAACUGACUGAACACAGCUUGAAAUCCGGCGCAUCAAAUCUGCGCAGAAUACUCUACGUGUGAAUAGACCCUAAAUGUUUAAAAAUCUUCACAAUCGCCAAAAUUAUCAGUUGUCAACUGCAAAACUGUAGAUGGGGAGGAGGGGGAUGCAGAAACAGCUUCUGUGUUUAGAAACAUGUGAGAGCACACUCAAACUAGGAGGGGCAAAAUGAAAGAAAUAUAAAUAAGACCGUAUGAACACGGCUGUGCAACGCCCAUCAGGGAAACAGGAGAAAAAAUAUCAUGCAACGUCUUUUUCUCCCGCUACUCCCUUUAAAAAAAACAACGGUGCUCGACAGACCCCAUAAUAGUCAAUGGGAUCUGUUGGGCCCCGUUGUUGCCCCCUCCAGAUAACUGACGUUAAAUGCAUAACAAAAAAAAACAAAAAAAAGCCUAACGGAUAUUUUCCGAGGGGGCACAUCGGCAGUGUGAAAGAAGCUUAAAAGCUAAAUCUGCAGGAUAGGCUCCGUUCACAUCUGUGUUGAACGCUGCAUUGGAAUUCGCUAGAAAAAAAUUGUCCUGCAUAUAGCACAGUUUUUUUUUUCCAUUAACCCCUUCCCGCAAAAUCAGGUACAUGUACGUGGCGAUUAGGGAUGACUUCCCACAUCACCACAUACAAGUACCUGAUGAGAAUAAACUGUCACAGCACCGCCGGGCCCUGUGACAGUAUAUUGAGCUCGACUGUGCUGUACAGCCAAACCUCCCUGAAGCCGGCCAGGGACCAAUUGCAGCGGUCCCCGGCCGGCGAUCACUGCUAUUGGUCCGCCAGUACAGACGGACCAAUAACAGGGAUUUGGUGCAGGUCUCCUCCUUCCCCCCUCUCCUCCAUCGCUUCACUGUGUGAAGCGAUCGGUGGUGAAAGGGGGCCCCAUCAGAGGAGGCCACCCACGGGCACUCGCGCAGCGCUGAUCCUGGGUUAACCCUGUAGACGCUGUUGUCACUGAGACCGCAGCAUCUAUUAGGGUAACAGAGGGAGUACAGAUGUGUACUCCAUUGAAUUAUUUGUAUAAUAGUAAAAAAAACUAAAAUGUGAAAAAAAUAAAAAAUAUAAAAAAAAAUAUAAAAUAAAUGAUAUAUGUGAAUAAUACACCACCCCAAAAAGUCCCCCCAAAUACAUCAUGUCCCGCAAAAAAAAGUCUUCACAAAAUUGCAUCAGUGAAAAAAUUAAAAAGGUACAGCUCACAGAAUAUGGCAAAUUAUAAACGAUUUAAAAAAAAAAUAUUGUUUUUAUGCCAUAAAUGAACUAAAAUAUAAAAAAAAGUAUAUAAAUUUGGUAUCACCGUAAUCGUAUCAACCUGCAGUGUAACAUAUUUUUGCAUCCCAAGGCCCCUGUAAUUUUACAUGAUGCCAACAAAAUAUAUAAACUAAAAGGAUGCCCCAAAAUCCACACAGACAAAGGCCACACAUGGGAUAUUUCUAAGUAUGUCAGAAUUCUGGGAAUAAAUCUUGAGUUGUAUUUCUUUUUCAACACCUACUGUGUUACAGGGAAAAAAUUGAUUAAAAUGAAAAAUGUACAAAAAAAAUUCAAUUUUUUUAUUCUUCCUCCACUUUGCUUCUAUUUCUGUGAAACGCCUAAAGGGUUAAUAAACUUAUUUUCAUUUCAUUCUGACUACUUUAAGGGAUGCAGUUUAUAAUAUGGGGUGAUUUAUGGGGGUAUUUAACAUACAGGCCACUCAAUUCCACUUCAGAACUGAACUGGUCCCUGAAAAAUCUGAUUUUGCAAUUUUCUUGAAAAUCUGGAAAAUUGCUACUAAACUUAUAAACCUUCUAACAUUCUAAAAAAGUAAAAGAAUGUUUAUCAAAUAAUGGGAACAUAAAGUAGACCUAUAUUGUAGAUGUGAAUUAAUCAUUAAUUUGGUGCGGCAUUGCUAUUUUUUUUUUUU